GGUUUCCGUUCCCAGACUGGGCCUAUAAGCCCGAGUCCAGUCCUGGCUCCAGACAGAUCCAGCUGUGGCACUUUAUCCUGGAGCUGCUGAGGAAGGAGGAGUAUCAUGAUGUGAUUGCCUGGCAGGGAGAUUAUGGGGAGUUUGUGAUCAAAGACCCCGAUGAGGUGGCCAGGCUGUGGGGCGCCCGCAAGUGCAAACCUCAGAUGAACUACGACAAACUCAGCAGAGCUCUCAGGUAUUAUUACAACAAGAGGAUUCUACAUAAAACUAAAGGAAAACGCUUCACCUACAAGUUUAAUUUCAACAAGCUGGUGCUGGUCAACUACCCUUUCAUUGAUAUGGGGUCUGCAGGAGCGGCUGUUCCUCAAAGUGCUCCACCAGUGCCUACAGGUCCCCAUUUCCGUUUCCCUCCAUCCACUCCUUCAGACUUGCAGGUGUCUGAGGUGCUGCGGUCCCCCAGCAGCGAGGAACUGCGCAGUCCGGGGAUGUUCAGCGGCCGCCGCAUCGCCCGUGGCUCUGUCUCUGACUGCAGCGAUGGAACUUCUGUCAACUCUGAGAUCGAAGAUGGGAACGGAGGUGCGGCGGAGGAGAGAGUCACUGAACGAGUGGCUGAGAGGGCUGGAGGCGGCGGUUUCCGAGGUGCAGUUCACCCUCGUCUGUCUCACGAGGCGAUGUUCAGGAUGUACGGUGGACCGGGUGGUCACAGAGGUCAUCGAGUGUCAGAGGUCGGCGGACAUAGGGUUCAUCCCGAGCCUCUCUCGCCGUUCACCAUCUCGCCUCUGCCGGGUCCGGGAGGUCCUGGCCUGUUGGCACCACCUCUCUCACCGGCACUCUCCAUGACCCCGGGCUCUCACCUGGCCUACACUCCUUCCCCUUCCCUGUCGCCCAUGCCUGGCUCCAUUUUCUCCUUCAACCCAGAGGACAUGCAGCGCUACCUGCAGGCUCACACCCAGAGCGUCUACAAUUACCACCUGAGCCCUCGUGCCUUCUUUCAUUACCCAAACAUCUUCGUUCCUCAGCCUCAGCGCCUUGACAAAGGCAUGCCCGGACCCCAAGGCUGUGAUCGUGGUCCUGUAGAGAGGCCUUCGGUGCUCAAUAGCCAUCACUCCAGCCACCCACCACCUCACGCUCACCCUGUUCACCAUCACCUGGGGGAGGAACAGCACCAUUCUCCAUUCAAGUUCAAGCUCCAGCCUCCCCCAUUGGGCCGAAAACAGCGCGACAGUCAGGGUCGACAGGGCUCGCUGUCCUCCACAUCUACAUCUGGUCUGGGUUCCUCGUUGUCAUUUGGGAGUGAUCUCAGUUCAGCCAGCGGAUCAGGACUGGUGUCCAACUCCUCCUCAACUGGCUCGCUGAACAGCGCCGGGUUGCCCAAGAUUAAGGUUGAGCCCAUAUCUGACAUUGAAUCAGAGGAGGAAGUCGAAGUGACUGACAUCAGUGAUGAAGAAGCUGAUGAAGAGUUUGAUGUUUUCCCCUCUCACUACCAUAAACACCGUCAUCACCGUCACCAUAAUCAUUAUCCACACAGCCAAAAGCACCAGCAGCCCAACGGCACUGAUGCCGCUCUCCACCCAGAUGAGGACUUGGAGGAAGAGGUGUUCAAAGCCCCCGCCCCUCCGCCCUUCUUCAUCCCUCCCACCUCUUCCUCAGGUGAUGGUCGGCGUGGUAACUCCGUCGUGAAGAGUGAACCCGUGGAGCCGGCGGACAUGCAGCCACAAACCAGCUCCCAGUGCAUCCCGCUGAAGCUCCGGUUCAAGCGGCGCUGGGAUCAGGACCAGCACAUGGAAGAGGCGGAGGACAAGAAAGUGAGAGGAGAAGAGAGGAACGGGAUGGCGGAGGAGAGUGGGAGCGGAAGUGGGAGCGGAGAAGCAGAGAGCCCACCCCCUCUCGCUCAUCACCGAGUUAGCACGGAGCUCCACCGAGCCACGGCACAGCUGUCACUGGAGAACAAGGAGUGCUGAUGCACAUCCACACACUUAGACGACUGCUGAUACACAACUCUACAACUGCUGAUGGACCCACACUCACACCUGACUCUUGAGAUCAAUGACUGCUGAUACUCACAACAGUAAUACUGACACAUACACUGCACACUUAGACUAACUGACCCUUGCUUAAUCGAGUCCCGUUCCCCAGGCUGCCCUCGUUCCCAAGCCGCCCUCAGCUUCAGACGAGGGGCUCAAUGUCUCAAUGUGACCGUAAUGAAGAAUGAGUUCACCCACGUGCCCCAGCGACCCUCAGGAGUCAUGAACUUUGACCUUUGGCACUAGAGAAUUUUUUUAUAUUUUUAGAAGAGAAUUUUAUUUUGCAAAGUGCCUGUGAGCUGUCCCUCAAAAUCCCACAAAGAGAGCUAGAGAUGGGUGUCAGAAAGACUUGAUCUUCUUCUCCAGCAGCCCAGCAUUAUUGUCCUCAGCAACGGACUCUGAUCAGUCUCCAUGUGAUGUGGUGGGAUACAAAUGCACAGAAAGUCACAAACAGACUCCGUUCUAAAACCAGCCUGGUCAGAAGUCCGAACCCUCAGGGACACAAUCCCUCAACACACACACACACACACACUCAGACAUGACCCCUUUCUUAUUCCUUGUAUGAAGUGUCUGAUUCGGGUUUGACUGUGUGUGUUUCGGAAAUCUAGCUGGUUGUAAGUUCUCAGGAAAUCUCUCUCCUUUCCUUUUCUAUCCAGACCAGCUCUCCUUAAAACUCUCGCACUCUCUUCCGUUCUCUUUUCAUUCCUCUGGGACCAUACCUGAAUCACUUUCAUUCCGUUUGGGGACGAAGUGACUCGGGCAUAACAUGCGGUUCUGAGACCACGAUCCUAAAUCUGUUAAAUGGCUAGUUCCUUAGUUGGUUAGUCUUUGAAACGACAGUCUGAAGGUAAUACACAUUAGCAAGUUUAUAACAAGCUUCCCUAGUAUAGACAGUCCUUUAAGUGUGAACUAAACCAGCAUCCCAUACACACACACACACACACACAUAGACACACAAGCUUGUACAGUGAUACUAGACCAUCUGGGGGUCAAAUUUGUCCUUCAGCCACACAGAACAGCCGUGGACCUCUAUGAGAUCUUACUAUGGACAUGGGCAGGUGGAAUAGCAGUUUCAGUCCUUAAUCCCUAACAUUUAAAUACUAACUUAAGAAUAGAAAGACAGCAAAAGGCAUGUGGCCAGAAGUCGCUCUCUUGCAUGCACACACACACAUACAGACACACACACUCUGCCUCUUAUGCCUUGUUUUAAUAGCAUGUCUCACAAGGAAAAACAAUUUUUUUUUACAAAAGAACAGUAUACACUCAAUAUACCUUUAAAUAUUAUGUGUUGCACAUACUAUAAGCGGAAAGCAUAGCAUUAACAUAUAUCAAUUUCAGGGGGGUUUGUAACAGAUUUCAUUUUGAGGGGAAGGUUGACUCUUCUCCUCAGGGUAAACGUUGCUGUUUGGGUAAGGGAGGAAAAUUUGGCAUUUCUUGUCAUGGUAAUAAAAGGUAGGGUAGAGGAGCAAAAGACUUAACUGUACAUAAGACUCUAACAAAGCAUGAGAGCUUUGCACCACAGAUGAUGUGGCACAUUCGGUUCUUCAACUAGCACGCACCUCUUCAACAUCCUGUUCUUACUGCCACAACUGAUGUGUGUGUGUGUGUGUGUGUGUGUGUGUGUGUGUGUGUGUGUGUGUGUUUGAGAGAGGCUGCAGGUCUCUGUAUGUCACACCACACCCAAGGCUAUAAUUAUUUUGAAAUCUUGCAUCAUGAACCUCAUAAACCUGUGUGCACUAAAGCCCUGUGGAAGUUGAGCACAGGACUUGAGACAUCAACAGGGUGGCCAGUCGGACACUAGCCAUGAUAUAAUGGUUUUACAGUGACAGGAAGGCGUUAUAUCACUGCUUAAGUGCCCCUAAUACCUAAGAUAAUACAUCAAACAAAACUGACUUGGCAACGGGUUACCUCCUCAAAGUUUUGGGCUCUUUCUAGCUGCCUUAUUCCCACUUUAAUCAGAUUUGAAUAUGUUUAAGAUCUCCUCUUGCUUUCUUAAUAGAUUCGCCAGGUCUUUAACUAGGAUGCACUUGUUUUACGCCCGGCAUACCUCAAAACUGAAAAAUUGAAUUGAGAUGGGGUGAGCACUAUUGACCAGUGCAGUCUUGUAAACUUUUGUUUGGGCACAAAGUGUGUGCAUUGUUUCUCUUUAGGAGGGAAGUUAUUUGUUUUCUCUUAGGCUGCUCUCAUCGGUUAUCCCAGGAUGUCACUUGAGGCUUUGUUUUUCACCUGAACUGCUCUCUGGUGUCAAUGUUGCUGUUCAUCCUAAUUAUUAUUAGUUAUCAUUAUUUUGUUGACAUGUUCUCCUCAUAUUGUCGUCAUGAUAACAUUGUUUCCCCCCGCCCUGCCUUCCCACGAGCAACCCGACUGUGUUUAGCGUAAGAUUAAAACUUUUGUAAAUUAACAUAAAACUGUAACUUUACUAUGGGUGGUUAUUGUGGAGAGUUAUAGGAUGGAGGAAGGGCAUUCAGGGGAGGACCGGGUUUAUGAUUUGAACUCAAGUCAUGUCAUGUAAUUGUUAUUUUGGUAGUGUUACUGAUUUCUUGCUUUUGUACAUUUUUUUUCCAUCGGGGAUUGUAUGAUUUUAAAAGAUAUAUUGUGUAUUGUUUUAUUGUGUAAAAGUCUCAAUCUCUCACUUUCUAUCUCAAAAUGUAUUUCUGUGGUUUCAUAAUUCAUAAUAUCAGGUUUUUAAUACCAUGAUGUAACAUUUAAAUUCCUCCUUUAUUCGUUUUUUUGUGUUCUUUUUCAGAAUUGUAAUUAAAAUGUAAUCAGGGUCAAUUAAACUGGUUAAAAGCCA